UGAAAUUUGUUAACAUCCCAAUCAAAUUCUUGUUGAUUGGAGAUUUGAAGAUUUGAAGAUUUGAAGCUCCAUGAUUAAGUCAUGAGAGCUUGAAGCUGCCCUUUCCUGAAGUAUGUGAAAAACCUGCAUUUACAUUUCGUUGUUAGAUCAAAUUCUUGUUGUUGGUCAAUGAAUUUCGUAAUUCCAUUAUUGUUCUUGGAAGAUUUGGAUUCUGAAUUCCAUGGCAAUGGCUAAUUUGAGGGUGACAAGGCCGAGUUUCAAAGCACUGUUUAAAACCAUAUUGAUAUCUUUAUAAUUCAAAAAGUUGUAGCUAUUAGAUUAAUAUUGGUUCUUGAACUUUAUGUUAAUUAAUGUUACAUAGCUAGUGGACUUCUUCUUAUCUUCAAAGUUAAAAAUAUAGAUGAAGUGUGAACAAGUUGGCUCAAUCAGCAUUUAUCUCUUAGUAAGUUGUAUAAAUUCUUCACAGAUGGUUUAUGUUCAGAAAUUUUGUCAUCGUUUCAAGCUACAUAGAUCAGAAGUUGAAUCAAGAUACUCUCGGCUACUCUGGUGCUGAAACGACAUUCGAAAAAUUCGAGUCAAUCAGGUUCAAGGCUGACUCGAGUCGAAUCUUGUUGCGAAAAUGGCGAUGGAUCAUACUGUAAAAGUGAUUCUAGGCUCAAUUGCCUUUGCAACGUUCUGGUUAUUAGCUGUUUUCCCUGCUAUCCCAUUUCUACCAGUUGGGAGAACUGCAGGGUCUCUCCUGGGGGCAAUGCUAAUGGUCGUGUUCCGAGUCCUAACUCCAGACCAAGCGUAUGCGGCCAUUGAUCUCCCAAUACUUGGUCUUCUAUUUGGGACAAUGGUAGUAAGUGUUUAUCUUGAAAGAGCUGAUAUGUUCAAGUAUUUGGGUAAGGUGCUGUCAUGGAGGAGUAAAGGAGCAAAGGAUUUGAUUUGUCGAGUGUGUCUGAUAUCUGCAAUUUCAAGUGCUUUCUUCACCAACGACACGUCGUGUGUGGUUUUGACCGAGUUCGUUUUGAAAAUUGCUAGGCAACAUAAUCUUCCACCUCGUCCCUUCCUUCUUGCCCUUGCAUCAAGUGCAAACAUUGGUUCUUCAGCCACACCUAUUGGCAACCCCCAAAACUUGGUGAUAGCUGUUCAGAGUAAAAUCCCUUUUGGAGAAUUUGUGGUUGGAAUACUCCCAGCUAUGCUUGUUGGUGUUGUUGUAAACGCUUUAAUUAUUCUUAUCCUAUAUUGGAAAUUGCUAUCUGUUCAAAAGGAUGAAGAAGAUCCAUCCUCAGAAAUUGUAGCAGAUGAAGUUGUUCUUUCUCAUAGAUUUUCACCUGCCAGAUUGUCACACACACAAAUUCCAUCCCUUAACUCUCCGGAAUGGGAAUCUCGGUUGGAUUCGAUGAACGCAAACGUCGAAACUCAAAGAUCAGUAAGUUCAAAAGAAAAUGAAAUCCACAGGUCUCAUAGUGCUUUGACAGAGUCGGCAAGAAUAUCAGAUGCAUCUUCUCUUAAAAGGGAAGAAGGGUUUUCUUCUAAGAGCCUAAACUCAAUGGAUAAACAGAAAGAAUCAGUAUCUUUACCGUCCUCUGAAGAAAAGGAGCAUUGGAGCACAAAAUGGAGAAGGAUUGCAUGGAAAUGCUGCGUUUAUCUUGUGACUAUAGGAAUGCUUGUUGCUCUGUUGAUGGGGCUGAACAUGUCAUGGACUGCAGUGACUGCUGCACUCGCUCUUGUGGUUCUUGAUUUCAAGGAUGCUCAGCCAUGCCUAGAAAAGGUUUCCUAUUCACUUUUAGUGUUCUUUUGUGGGAUGUUCAUGACGGUUGAUGGGUUCAACAAGACUGGACUGCCAAGUGCUUUUUGGGAUUUCAUGGAGCCGCAUGCUCAGAUUGAUCGUGUUUCUGGGACUGUUGUGCUUGCUCUUGUCAUACUAUACCUCUCAAACUUGGCUUCAAACGUGCCUACUGUUCUACUGCUUGGAGCACGUGUCGCCGCGUCGGCUGCUGCGAUAUCUCCAAUGGAAGAGAAACGGGCAUGGCUGCUUUUAGCUUGGAUCAGUACUGUGGCUGGAAAUCUCUCAUUGUUAGGCUCAGCUGCCAACUUGAUUGUGUGCGAGCAGGCUCGCCGCACUCCACAGCUAAGCUACAAUUUGUCCUUCUGGAAUCAUCUUAAGUUUGGAGUUCCCUCAACUCUCAUUGUCACUGCCAUUGGUUUAGUUCUUAUAAAGUGAUUUCCUUUUGUUUUUUUCUUGCUUUUUUUAUGAAUGAUUAGAACUGUAGAUUUCGUUUGAAGUUCAUCAAUAGAUAUGAAGAGUGUUUCCUUGAUAAAAGUCUGUACAAAUUUAUGUAUGACACAAUUGUUCCAAAUAUGGUUGAGUUGAGAAUCGAUAUGAAUUGAUAAAUACCCAUUUUUUAA